AUGAAAACUUGGUUUUUGAUUCUUGGCUGGUCUCUUUCCAUUCUGACCAUGACUGGAAAUGGAUUUAUUAUCUGCCUUGUUUGCAACAAACGGCGACUUCGAACUAAAACCAAUGCGUUUAUUGUUUCACUCGCAGUGGCUGACUUCUGUGUUGGGAUGAGCGCUUUUCCUUUACUGUAUGUCUGUAACAAAGCAACUAUGUGCAACCAUCUACAUAUACUUGUGUCUAUUGUGAGGAAUUUCUUCGCAUAUGCGUCUGUGACAAACCUAUGCAGUUUAGUCCUGGAUCGCUACAUCGCUGUUGUAAAACCUCUAAAGUACUUGGCAUUUAUGUCGCGUCGCCGAGUCAUUCAAAUGGUUCUUUUUUCCUGGGUGAUUCCAGCUGCAAUUAUAACAAUUUACACGUUAGAGAUUUUUUUGUUUAAAGUGUUGUUGUUUUUUCGCAUUUUGAUGUGGCUGAUUACUAUAUUUUUCGAGUUCCUUCCAAGUGCGAUGUUAAUAUUUUUCUUUGUAUCGAUGUUACGUGUUGUAAUUAAACAAAAUCGCACCGCUCGUUCAUUGAAAAGACAGUUAAGUUUUAACCAUCGAGUUUCCUUUAAAACUCAAGAAAAGUCUUCCAUCGUAAUGAUGGCUAUUGUAAUUUCCGUAUUUCUUGUUUGCUACGGGUUUUAUCUGCGAUGCAGUAUCUUCGUGAUUUUCAGCGAUCGGUAUAAAUUUUGUCCUGAUCUGGAGUAUAAAAUCUCUUUGUUAAUGUUAAACUCUGCUAUUAAUCCUUUGGCGUACUCCUUCUUCAAGAGAGAUAUAAACAAAGAGAUUAGAAGAAGUGUUUUCUGCUACUCUGCAUAG